AUGACCGCAGCACAGGAGAAUAAAACCACAUGUGUGGUACCCGAUAGUCUGUUCGACCCCCAUCAAGGCCGAACGUACACGCGUGGGCGCUUCUUUGGCAAAGGCGGCUUUGCCAGCUGCUACGAAAUCAUCGAUGUGCAUACCGACGAUGUGUUCGCCUGCAAAAUCGUGUCGAAGAAGCUGAUGAUGAAGCCCAGCCAGGAGGAGGAGACGGCCGACCCGGAGAAGAUCGCUGAGGAGAUUAGCAUUCAUCGUGGCCUGAAUCAUCCCAGCAUUGUGAAGUUCUUUAGCAGCUUCGAUGAUAUCGACAACACCUACAUUGUCCUGGAGCUGUGCCGCAUGCGGUCGAUGUCGGAGCUGAAGAGGCGCCGCAAGAUCAUCACGGAGUUCGAGUGCCGCUACUACAUUACCCAGAUCAUUGAGGGCGUCCAGUACCUGCACGACAACCGCAUUAUCCAUCGCGACUUGAAGCUGGCCAACCUCUUCCUGAACGAUAUGCUGCACGUGAAGAUCGGCGACUUUGGCCUUGCCACACGCAUCGAGCUCGAGGGCGACCGCCGGUACUCUGUGUGCGGCAGCCCCAACUACAUUGCCCCGGAGAUCCUCACCAAGAAGGGGCAUUCGUUCGAGGCGGACAUUUGGUCGAUCGGCUGCAUCAUGUACAAGCUGCUGGCGGGCCGGCCACCAUUCCACCACAAAACCCGGGAGGGGGUCUUUUCGAACAUCAAGAAGUGCCAGUACAGCGUGCCCAGCUGGCUGACAAUAUCCGCUGCGGAUAUGAUUGUCUCCAUGCUCCAGCUGGACCCCGAGCGCCGCCCGGCCAUCGGUCAGCUGCUGAACUGCAACUUCCUGAAGGCCGCAAAGGUGCCCCAGUUCUUGCCCAGCUUUUGCCUAACGAUGGCUCCGCACAUUGGCAUCGGCAUGGGCAUCAGCGACCCCGUUAAAGAGUCUAUACAACGCCGUCCGCUGAUGGUGUUGAACGGCCUUAGGGAUGAUAACCGCAACGAUGCCUCGGUCCAGGCCCUGGCCCAGGCUCAGGUCUGCCGCUACAACGACAGCGUUGAGACUCUGACCGAAAAUCAGGGAAAUGGGAAUACUGGGCAGGAAUCUGUAUCAAAUAAUACCCUCUGCCCGCGAAAAACUUAG